UCCCUCCCCUCCUCUCAGCGCGGAGGCCAAUGUGGAGCCGUGGUCUCAAGCAGGGGUUGGGGAGACAUGGUGCUCAGCUCCUGUCCCUCCCCAGCCCUGAGCUGUGUCUGCAGACUCCCCUGUCUCCGGAGGAGCAGCAGGAUCAAGCCUUCAUCCAGCAGCACCGCCGCAACAGAAUCAAGGGCAUGCAGGAUAAGGAGGUGCUGGCCAUCAUGAGGACGGUGUGUAUAGGGAACCCCACCCAGGACACCCACUCCCACCCGUCCUCUCUGGGAGGAGACACGGCCCGAGCGGUGGACAGGUUCAGGAGACAGUGUCUGGGGGAGUACCUGGACUCACUGGACCAGUGUCACACAAAGCGGGUCACAGUCAACCAGGCCACACUGGAGAGAGUUCUGCUGCAUCCAGGGGACCAUGUCUUGGGGGGUCCGAAGUGUCCCGUGCUGAGGCAGGCAGGGUCCAACGCUGUGCCGGGGCGUGGUGGCCGUCUGAGGGCCUGGAUCUGCUACAGCAGUAGUACCCCCCGGGGGGUCGAGGAGAAGGAGGAAGAGGAGCAUGGCCUGGAGAAAGAGACCACUCCACACAAAGUCCACAAGGAGACGGCUCUGUACCCCUCCCGUAGGUCUGUGCGUCGGAGGUCCAAGAUGAUGACUCUGUCCACAGGUCGUGCUGAGGUCAGACACAAGACAGAAUGCUGGCUGACCAGGGAGGAGUACGCCCACAUUAAAAGCAACAUGAGGGAGCCGUCCAGCCGUAGAGCCAACCCUAACUCAUUCUGGCCUGGUCAGGACAACCACGUAAGACUGUACCUGCCCAGAGUGGGCCUGUCUCCUGAGGGGGUCCUCUUUGAGCACAUCGUCCACUCCCCCGCCCCCAGCCCCGGCAACUGGCCUGUCAACGACAGGGGCUACUCCACCUCUGAAGAUAUAGAUGGACUCAAGGCCUACACCCUAUAGAGCUCUCUACUCUAUGCUCCAGAUAUAAUAUUGUACUUGCAUGGGGUAGUUCAAAUACUUUUUUGCUGUUGGAAUAUGGUUACAGUCCAAGGGUCUCCUCUUCAGUUCACUGGGCUAUUGUCGAUUGACAUUAUUUUAUCUGUGAAGGUAAUAAAGACUACC